GGUCAGAGUCAAAGUGGUGGUCAUGGUCCUGGAGGUGGCAAGAAGGAUGACAAGGACAAGAAAAAGAAGUAUGAACCUCCUGUACCAACUAGAGUGGGGAAAAAGAAGAAGAAAACAAAGGGACCAGAUGCUGCCAGCAAACUGCCCUUGGUGACACCUCACACUCAGUGCCGCUUGAAAUUACUGAAGUUAGAAAGAAUUAAAGACUACCUUCUCAUGGAGGAAGAAUUCAUUAGAAAUCAGGAACAGAUGAAACCAUUAGAAGAAAAACAAGAGGAGGAAAGAUCAAAAGUGGAUGAUCUCAGGGGAACGCCAAUGUCAGUAGGAACCUUGGAAGAGAUCAUUGAUGAUAACCACGCCAUUGUGUCCACAUCUGUGGGCUCAGAACACUAUGUCAGCAUCCUUUCAUUUGUGGACAAGGAUUUGCUGGAACCUGGCUGUUCAGUCCUGCUCAACCAUAAGGUGCAUGCUGUGAUAGGGGUGCUGAUGGAUGACACAGAUCCCCUGGUCACAGUGAUGAAGGUGGAAAAGGCCCCCCAGGAGACCUAUGCAGACAUUGGAGGACUGGAUAACCAAAUCCAGGAAAUUAAGGAAUCUGUGGAACUUCCUCUUACCCAUCCUGAAUAUUACGAAGAGAUGGGGAUAAAGCCCCCGAAGGGGGUCAUUCUUUAUGGUCCACCAGGCACAGGUAAAACCUUGUUGGCCAAAGCAGUAGCAAACCAAACUUCAGCUACUUUCUUGAGAGUGGUUGGCUCAGAGCUUAUUCAGAAGUACCUAGGUGACGGGCCCAAACUUGUCCGAGAAUUGUUUCGCGUUGCUGAAGAACAUGCACCCUCCAUCGUGUUUAUUGAUGAAAUUGAUGCCAUUGGAACCAAAAGAUAUGAUUCAAACUCUGGAGGUGAGAGAGAAAUUCAGCGAACAAUGUUAGAACUGUUGAACCAGUUGGAUGGAUUUGACUCAAGAGGUGAUGUGAAAGUUAUUAUGGCAACAAACCGAAUAGAAACUUUGGAUCCAGCACUUAUCCGACCAGGCCGCAUUGACAGGAAGAUUGAGUUCCCCCUGCCUGAUGAAAAGACUAAGAAGCGGAUCUUUCAAAUUCACACAAGCAGGAUGACUCUGGCCGAUGAUGUUACCUUGGACGACUUGAUCAUGGCAAAGGAUGACCUCUCUGGAGCUGAUAUCAAGGCGAUCUGUACAGAAGCUGGCUUGAUGGCCUUGCGAGAGCGCAGAAUGAAAGUAACAAAUGAAGACUUCAAAAAGUCUAAAGAGAAUGUUCUUUAUAAAAAACAGGAAGGCACCCCUGAGGGGCUCUAUCUCUAGUGACCCAUAGUUGCCUUCAGAAAAGUGAUUGCGGGUUCUCCUCCACCUGAGAGGGUAGGAGGAAGAUGAGAAGUUACCCUGAGGAAUCCAUUUUCCAGUUGAUUUUUACUAGCAGAGACUCUGUCUUAUGUGAGGUGCAAGGUACAGGUCGGCAGUCUCUAUCUGUUGGUCAUUGUGUGUGCUGCUCUCUGCUUCCCAAUAAAGUAAACACUUUGACAACUGG